UUCUCAUUUAUAAAAAGGUUAAAAAGCAGACUAAGAACUUGUUCUUCACUAAAAAAACUUAAAUUCUCAAUAAUGGUAACUUUAUAUUUUAUACAAAAAGACAAACAGAAAAGAGACUACAAUUCAGUGUAUCCUAAUUUGUGAAUAUAUAUUGCCUAAGUGAUUCAUUGACUAUAUUACUUCCAUUUACAAAAGCAAAACACAAAAACAUAUCCAAAGCUUCCUUUUACCAUGAAAUCAUAUAUAAAGAUCAUUACUACUGAAGAAAUAAUUUAUCAUUCCAAGAAAAAUAUUAAAAAUGUCAGAGUCCCCAAAUAAGAAGAUCAAACGUACUGUCGAGCUGCCUGACAAUCUCACUCUAGAGCUGCCUGAACAUCUGGUGGAGUACAUCAUAUCAACGUAUUUCCCCAUCCAAUAUGUUCUACAAAACCGUGUAGUGUCCAAAACAUUCAGGGAAGCAGCGAUUCGAUCCCGAGACCUUGUUUUCGGCAGGAUAUACUCCAGGAGACGUAGUCAAUCAGCGGUUGUACGUAUCAUUGAAGAGAUUUUUAAUCAACACAAAGGAUCAGAAAUCAACCGAUUUGUUCUGAUUCUCAAUCAUCUUGGCGUAGAGGAUAAGGUACUCUCGUGGGUAAAAACAUGCCUAAGUAAAAACAUUCAAGAGCUGACGUCAGACUUCUCCAAAUCCAAGAAAGUUAUGAAUCUGUCUGUUGAUUUCUCGGCCAUCAAGACUCUAACUGUCUUGAAGCUAAGGUGGUGUAAAUUCGAAAUACCGAAUAAUACCCCAAAGGGUUUAAGACUCUUGAGGACCCUUGCGCUCAUGAAGUCCAAGGUAACACCAGAGAUGAUAGAUGCAAUCUUCAGCAACUGCUUUCACCUCGAGACUCUUGAACUAACCAGAUGCAUAACGCAUGGGGUAUUGAGCAUCAAUGCUCACAAUCAUAAGAAGUUCAAGGAACUGGUCCUGUAUUGUAUGCCGAAUCGCUUGCAAAUCAUUGUAGAUGCACCUACUCUUGAAUGCUACAAGUAUGAAGGAUUUGUUAGGAUUCUUGACUUUUCAAGAGUGGACGCACUUAAGGAGGCGAAACUCCAUUAUAUCCAGAAUUACAAUUGGCGUUAUUACGAUUCGUCUAACAUGGUGCUUGCUAACAUGGUGGCCUAUACAGGAGUUCAUGUCCUCUCAACGACAAAUAUCUUUCUUGAGGCAUUCAAGGAAAGAUACAUAGAGGGAGAAAUGAGAAGCCCGAUUUUCAAAUUUUUGAACUUGAAAGAAUUCUGUAUUCUUUUUAAAGCUCCAAACUUGUGUACUCUUUAUCACAUUUCUGAAUUCCUCAAAAGAUCCCCUAAGGUCGAAAAGGUUUUGAUUGACAUUAAGAAGUUCACAUUUGAACCUGGUAUGCUUUGGAUAAUUCAUCAAAAGUCAUAUAUGGAGAGCAGCAACUACAAGUUUAACUCUAUCAAGGAAGUCACGAUUGAUGGCUACAAAAACCAUUGGCAUGAGCUUGAUAUAGUGGAGUUCUUUUGCGGGCACGCAAAAUCGCUAAAGAGGUUGAAGUUGAUCAUGCCAAAAAACGUUAAGAAAAGAGCUCGCGGACUCGAUUAUGCUAGGUUGGAUUACAUAAGAAGCAGAUUUCCAUGUGUUAAAGUGGAAGUUUAAAUUCAGGAUAUGACCAAGCAUGGCAAACUAUAAUAGCUCUUUUGAUAUGUUUUUAAAAAAAAAAAAUUAAUGUUAUUCUCUGAGAUUUGAACUCUUUUGUUUUUAGUUUUGGUAUUGUUUAAGUUAUAAACUAUGUCAUGAUCAGCGUAACCUCGCAGAUUUAUUUUCUAGCUAAUGGAAUAAAACAUAUAAAUAAAUAAAUAAUAUGAUGUGUGGUGUUAUAUAAUUUUGUUCUAUAAUAUUUAUUUUAUCUAAAUUAAUUAACAUUAUUAUAAUUUAUGCAAUUUAAUAGUGAAUCAGUUAUUUUAUAAAUCUGUCGAAAUAUUAGGAAAGUAAAACUAAUGAAUUUGUUAGGUUAUAAACAUACAAAAUAAGAUGUAUCAAAUUUAAAAACAUACAAAACAAUAAUUAAGUUCAAAUGAAUGUUUCUGUUUAAAUAGUAUAAGAUUUAUUGGGAUCAUUGAUAUCAAAGUGGUUUUGGUCUAAUUUGCUCAUAAAAUUUGAAAAACAAUAGUAGAUGCUAAAUUUUAUUAUAAUCAAUAAUUAUUGUUAAUUGUGAAAUUAGCAUAAAUUAUUGUUAGUAAUUUGUUUAGCAUCCAUUAAGUAAGAAAUCAACCUUGAUCAGUAUUACUUCAUUCAUGCUUCAGUUGGUCACAAUCUAUCUAUACUAUUAUUUAGGAAGUGAUUUAGCUUACUUGUCAUGUUCUCCAUGAUUUUACGAUGUUUUACUUAUUUGUCAUGUUUUCAACAAUUUUAGUUAAUAAUUUUCUUAUUUGUCAUAUUUUAAUUAAUUUAAUUGAAUCAUUUGUUUAAAUAAUCGAUCUAUAUUACUAUUUAAAACUUAAAAAUCAUCAUCUAUAUAAGUAUUUGAUAUUAUUUUAUUUAUUGUAAACUAAAUGCAUAAUGUUUGACUUUGCCAUUAUAUAAUAUUUGACGUUAAGUUUAUAUGGGAAAUCUUCUUUAAACUAUUACAAAAGUUUAACCAUGCAAGGGACAUAAUGAAACCCUUAAUUUUGUCUUGGUGGAUGUUAGCGUCAGUAGAUACAUGUAUAUACAUAUUUCUGUUCAUUGGUGGACAUAAUGAAACCUUUGAUUUUGCAAUACGUAUUGAUGUUCAUUGACUAUUUUGAAACCCUUGAUUUUGCAAUACGAAUUGACAUGUUCAUUGACUCUUGAGGUUUAAUAGUUAUUUAUACUAUCUUUAUAUAUAAAAUAGACUUUGUUUCUCUUUCAGGGGGUCCACCUCAGCUGCCAGCGUAUAAAUUUGAACUCCCUGGAGUCAACACCUGUCUUCAUUAAUCAAAACGCUGCGCACCUUUUGUUUCCGUACGGUUUUUUUUUUUGUGUCGGUAGAGUUGGGCUUCGAUCCGAUCCUUGCUUCUAACCCUAAUACAUCUGGAAUCGAGAAACGAAGAAGGUCGUCUCUCCUCUUCCUGCGACGGCUUGCCAUCUGCGAUUCUUCUCACCAUUUUGAACGGCCUGCGUAAAGGCUUCGUGAUUAAUCACAUUGAUUCGCUCGCCCACUACGUCGUCAUCAAUGCUUUGUUUUGAUCUGAUAAACGGUGAUUUCUGUAUAAAUAUAUGUAUUGCAUCACUACAAAAGAGCUGGGAACAGUUAUGCGUUCUCUAGGACAAAACCCAACAGAGGCUGAGCUCCAGGACAUCCUAAGAGAUGCAACCGAUUCUCUUAUACAGAGGCUGAUGCGGGGCUGAUUCUCCUCCUUCUCCUUUACCGCAAAGUCCAUCUCUUUCAAUCGCCGUGUCACUAUCUCCCAUGUUUUCUCCGCCUCGAUCGACAACGGCGGCUCUGACAACAACAACAAUAACAACAGAGGAAGCGGUGGUGGUGGCGGCUACGACGGAGGUAAGAACAACGGAGAUGGUGGAGAGGAUAGGGAUAGGAACAUGAGCGAGGCGAUGAUGUUAUUGGCUGAGUUGGGGACAGAGUUGGAGAGUCUUCCAAAUGAUCUAGCAGCUGCCAUUGAGUCUGGUCGGAUUACUUGAUAGUUUAUCACCCGGUUCCUUGAGCUUCAGAAAUCAGUUGUGAUGAGGUGGCUGGCAGUUCGCUGGGUUUAGGGAAAGGCUUUUGGCUGAUGAUCUCUUCUUGGCUAAACUCGCCAUGGAAUGUGGUGUUGGUUUCUUCACUCAGACUGCUGCUGAGUAUGAACGGCGUAGAGAAAAAUUCUUCAAUGAACUUGAAGUUGUCUUUGCCGAUGUGGAUGCAGUCCACGCUGAUGAGGUAAAAAGUAUGGAGAACAGAACACGACCAGGAUGUCCUGAGGAUAUGAUCAACGGGUAUUUGUGUCAUUCACACUAUUCUGAGCUCUAGAACAUGAUCAACAAGGUUGACGCUGAUGGAAACGGAACCAUCGACUUUCCCGAGUUCCUGAUCCUUAUGGCUAAGAAGAUGAAGGACACUGACUCAGAGGAAGAGCUAAAAGAAGCAUUCAGGGUUUUCGAGAAAGACCAGAACGGUUUCAUCUCCGCUGCUGAGCUACGCCAUGUGAUGACCAAUCUCAGUGAGAAGCUGACUGAUGAGGAAGUCGAAGAGAUGGUCCGUGAGGCUGAUGUUGAUGGAGAUGGUCAGAAAAACUAUGAAGAGUUUGUCAAGAUUAUGAUGGCUAAGUGAUGGAUGAUGAUGAUGACCUUUUUCUGAUGCCUCUUAAGACAUUUGCAUGAUUUGUUUAGAUAUUGGCUAAAUAGACAGAGAUUUGAGGAAGGUAGCGUAAGCAAGUGUUUUUCUACCGUCCGUUCCAUUAUUCUAUUCAUGUACGAUUACUUCCAAGCCACUUAUGAAAACACGUCCAAUCAAGAUAUUAGUUUUCAUACGACAAGGUGGCCAUGGAAUUUUUUUGUUUUAUUUUUGGGUACAAAGUGCUUUUGACAAUUGACAAAAGAAAAAAAUAAGAUUCGUAUAAAUUGGAGUUUUAUACUCUGGCCAUGGAA